AUGGAAACACCUGAUAGGGAACAAGUAAGGAAUAUGUUGACUGCACUGGGGCAAAAGCCUUCGGAAGAAAAAAUUAAUAGGUUCAUUAAAAUGUCCCAAGCCCAGCACAAAAAGGAGGCCCAAAAUCCUAAAAGACGACGAAAAAAAAUUAUCAAGCAAGCUAAAGGUUAUUUUGGCUCUAAACGAAAAUUAUUUAGAACGGUUAAAGAGCAAGUUAAUAAGUCAUUGGCUUACUCUACUCGGGAUCGAAAACAAUUAAAUGCAUUUGAAAAUGAUUAUCAAGUGCUGGUAAAAAAAAUCAAUCUCUCUCUUUUUACUUUGUCUAAAACCAAUCUCAACAUGGAGGAAAAGGAAAAAGUGUGGAACGGAUUAUUAGAGCAUACCAAGAAUAUUAUCAGGAGAGUGGAGGAAAUUUUAGAAAAGUUAGAAGGAGUGCGUUUUUCGCUUAAUGAAGUAGUGCUACAUGAGGAAAAAGAUAAUUUAAUUCAAGAAUAUCAUUUAUUAAUAAAAAAAUUACGAGAAGAAAAAGAAACUAUUCUCCGCCAAAAGGAAAAAAAGAAAAUAAUUAUUACUCCUCUCCGCCAAAAGGCAGUCAAAACCGGUUACUGUUAUUUUUGUGAUAUUAGUAUCGCCACCGAUUUUCCCUACAAAUUGAAAAUGGAGGAGCAAAAUACGCUGGGAAUUGAAAUUGUUGAAGGAGCCGCUUUCUGCUCCCAGGAGUGUUUGCUAAAUUAUUGUAAGGAGUAUAAGAACCGAGAAAAAAUGCGCCAAGAGGAAGAAAAAAAGAACAAAGAAAAAAUCGCUCGCGACCGACAAAUGAUUACGGAAAUUCAGGGACAAAUAGCCAAUUUGACCUCAAGAAUAAACCGAUUGGAGCAAAGAGAACGCGAAUUGGAAUUAUUGCCUGAAAGUUAUCAAGUAGAACGACCAGAAAAUACCGGUUUCUGGCGUCGCCUCGGCCAAAAACUUGGUUUAGUCAAAAAACCUAGCCCGCUGUCGCGGCUGGAAAGAGUGAGAAAAUUGAAAGGAGAAUUGAGUAUUCAAUUGGAAAAAACCGGAGAAAAAUUACAAAAAAGAACAAGAAAGAAAAAGGCUGGAGAAAAAAAACCUCCUAGAAAAAAAGAAAAGUUCCCAAAUAUUCAACCCGAAAAUAUACUCGUUGCCGAGUCUGUGGUCGGUCUAGAGUUAACAUUCGCCCAAUUUUCACAAAUAUUCCCCGAUAUUUUUCAAGCCAUCAAAAAUUAUCUCAAUAAUCACCCAGAGGAUUUUUUAUUAGGUCACGAAGUUCAUGAGAAUACUUCAGCAGGAGAUGAAGGGAGAAUAGAAAACAGAAACGGAAAUUUCAUUCAUCCUAAUGCUCUUACUGAGGAACAGUAUGAAGAACUAAAAAAUUUAAUUCCUACUGCUUGUAAAAUCAGGGGUUGUAGUAAUAAUUAUGUCAAAAAAUAUGUUCCUAUUGACGGUCGCUAUCAAACGGAUGCAGAUGUGAGAUUAGGAGAAAUGUUUGACCAAAAAUAUGAUGUAAGCUUAGAAAAUAAUAAAGAAUCUCAGGAAAAUAUUGAGGAAUUGUCUCAUCUUCCUUUGGACGAAGCAAAAAUUAAAGCCAAAAAGGAAAUUGAAACUCUGUUUGACCGCUACGGAGUUCAAGCCUCCCAACUAGAUACCAGGCUAUAUCUGGAAAACCUAACAGACAAUGAAAAAAUACAAAAAUUUGUUAAGAGCAUCAAAACCGCCAUUAUUCAGCAGAAUAAUAAAAAUAACCAAAGAGUUGCUAAUCUUCCCUUGGAUGAGGCUAAACAAACAACUCAAAAUGAAAUCCAGGAAUUACUACAAAGACACCAGAUAGAACUCAGUCGCUUAGACAAAGGCUUGUGA